AUGUCUGACAUUUACUCGUUCAAGGUCCAGCUCCCCAAGGGCGAGCUCGACCUCGCGCCGUACAAGACCAACGGCAAGGACCUCCUCUUCGUCAACGUCGCGAGCAAGUGCGGCCUCACGCCCCAGUACAAGGACCUGCAGGCGCUCCAGGACAAGGACGGCGACAAGCUCCAGAUCAUCGGGUUCCCGUGCAACCAGUUCAAGAACCAGGAGCCCGGAUCCGACGAGGAGAUCCAGUCCUUCUGCCAGGUCAACUACGGCGUCACCUUCCCGAUUGCCAAGAAGGGCGACGUCAACGGCCCCGACACGCAGCCGAUCUGGAAGUACCUGAAGGCGCACGCUGAGCCGCCCGUCGAAAACAUUGACUGGAACUUCUCCAAGUUCCUCGUCAAGGACGGCAAGAUCACCUGGUUCCCGGCCAAGACCAGCAAGGUCGUCAGUAGCUACUACCCCGACUCGGGGCGCGGACGGGGACGCGCUGACCGCCAGUCUGACGUUGCUGCCAAGCUCUAA